AGCAUCCAGGAGCAACUGUAUUUCAGCAUCCACUGUUAUAUCUCUCUCUCACUCACUCAUUCAUUCAGUCACUUAUCCGGUCCCUACUGAAUGUCCCUUCUGUCUCUGUCUCUCUCGCUCUCUCUGUCUCUCCCGUGUUUGUCACAGCAGCUAGCUGCCCUGUAGACGACACACACACGCAUACCUAUCUACACCCAGAGGAACCUGAAGGUGAACACUCUACAAAACACGAAGAGACUGAACCCCUCACCCAACGAGGCAGGAAAAGGAGCCGAGUCUGCAGGAUGGACGUGCUGAAGAAAGGGUUUUCCAUGGCCAGGGAAGGAGUGGUAGCUGCUGCAGAAAAAACCAAGCAGGGAGUAGAGGAGGCUGCCGCCAAGACCAAGGAAGGGGUCAUGUAUGUAGGUUCAAAGACAAAGGAAGGCAUGGUGCAGAGUGUAAACACAGUGACUGACAAGACCAGGGAGCAGGCUAACGUCGUGGGCGACACCAUCGUGGCAGGCGCUAACGAGGUCUCCUCCAAGACAGUGGAAGGGGUGGAGAACGUGGUGGCAUCUACAGGACUGGUAAACCCGGAUGUACCAGUGAACCAGGAGAACUUCGCUCACCAGGCAGCAGAGGGCGCUAUUGAACAGGCUGGAGACGUGGCACAGCAGGUUGGAUACUAGCCCUCUCCCUCAGGCCUUGUCUCGCGGAGCCCCCUCCCCUCCAGCCAGCAGGGGACCCCAGGAAGCUGCUUAUCCCGCCCCACGUGCCCAAAUAUUGACUUGCUGAUUUUUUUUCUCAUUUAAAAGGAAACUGAAAUCUGAGUUAGAAAAAAAAAAGUACAUUCUCCCCCCCCCCCC